AUGUCCAGCGACGCCGCGCCGCACGUCGUCGAGGACUUCUUCGGCGUCGUCCGCCUCCUCAGCGACGGCUCGGUUGUCCGUGGUGACGAAUCCGUCCUCAUGCCGGCAGGGCCGUUCCCUGACGUCCCCGGCGUUCAGUGGAAGGACGUCGCCUACGACGCGGCGCGCGGCCUCAAGGUCCGCGUGUACAGGUCGUCGUCGGCUCACGGGAAGCUCCCCGUGCUCGUCUACUUCCACGGCGGCGGUACCGCGGCCAUCGACGACGGCGUGACGUUCUUCUCCUGGCUGCGAAGGCAGGCCGCGGCGAGCGCCCAAGGCACCGAGCCGUGGCUCCAAGAGUCGGCCGACUUCGCGCAGACGUUCGUGUCCGGCGUGUCGGCCGGCGCGAACCUCGCCCACCACGUCGUGGUUCAGAUCGCCUCGGGGAAGCUCGCGGUCCACCCAGCGCGCAUCGCCGGCUACGUGCUCUUGUCCGCGUUCUUUGGCAGCGCCGAGCGCACGGCGACGGAGACCGAGUCAGCGGACAACGUGUCCCUGACGGCCGUGUUCGAUCAGAUCUGGCGGUUGGUGCUGCCGGCGGGCGCCACCAGAGAUCACCCGCUGGCCAACCCGUUCUCCCGGGACAGCCCCGGCCUGGAGCCGCUGCCGCUGCCACCGGCGCUCGUCGUGGUGCCAGGGCUUGACACGCUCCGGGACCACAUGCGGCGCUACGCAGCGAGGUUGGAGGAGGUGGGAAAGGCUGUGGAGUUGGUCGAGUUUGCGGGGGAGCGCCAUGGCUUCUCCGUAAAAGGGUGGAGCAAGGCGAACGAGGAGCUGGUCCGGAUCUUGAAGCGGUUCGUCAAGGUGCCACGCGGAACUGAGGUGAAGCAGUGGCGCUUGGCCAGGAGUCUUCUUACACUGGGAAUUGACAAGUUGUUCACAACAAGGCAUAAGGGAAAUUGUGUCACGGAGUAG